CUUGUGACCUGCGCUCUGCGCUGCGGGUGACAAGAGGAAGAGCUGGCCCGUGGGCGGCCUGCACAGCCGCUGCAGCUGGGGCCUGCAGGGGUAGGAGGAGGGGAAGAACCGCCACUUACUAGUGAAGAUAUUGCACGGCAAAACUGGGCUCUAAAAGGGCACAAUGGCGACUCUUAAGGAAAAACUGAUCGCACCAGUUGCAGAAGAAGAGACAAUGGUCCCAAACAAUAAGAUCACUAUAGUGGGUGUUGGACAAGUUGGUAUGGCAUGUGCCAUCAGCAUUCUGGGAAAGUCUCUGACCGAUGAACUCGCUCUUGUGGAUGUUUUGGAAGAUAAACUCAAAGGAGAGAUGAUGGACCUGCAGCAUGGGAGCUUAUUCCUUCAGACACCAAAAAUUGUGGCAGACAAAGAUUACUCUGUGACCGCCAAUUCCAAGAUCGUGGUGGUAACUGCAGGAGUUCGCCAACAAGAGGGAGAAAGUCGUCUGAAUCUAGUGCAGAGGAAUGUUAGUGUCUUCAGGUUCAGCAUUCCUCAGAUCGUCAAGUACAGUCCUGACUGCAUCAUAAUUGUGGUUUCUAACCCAGUGGACAUUCUCACAUAUGUUACCUGGAAACUAAGUGGAUUACCCAAGCACCGUGUGAUUGGAAGUGGAUGUAAUCUGGAUUCUGCUAGAUUUCGCUAUCUUAUGGCUGAAAAGCUUGGCAUUCAUCCCAGCAGCUGCCACGGAUGGAUUUUGGGAGAACAUGGCGACUCAAGUGUGGCUGUGUGGAGUGGGGUGAAUGUGGCAGGUGUUUCUCUCCAGGAACUGAAUCCAGAAAUGGGAACGGACAAUGAUAGUGAAAAUUGGAAGGAAGUGCACAAGAUAGUGGUUGAAAGUGCCUAUGAAGUCAUCAAGCUAAAAGGAUACACCAACUGGGCUAUUGGAUUAAGUGUGGCUGAUCUUAUUGAAUCUGUGUUGAAAAAUCUAUCCAGGAUUCACCCAGUGUCAACAAUGGUGAAGGGGAUGUAUGGCAUUGAGAAUGAAGUCUUCUUGAGCCUUCCAUGUAUCCUGAACGCUCGGGGGUUAACCAGUGUUAUCAGCCAGAAGCUGAAGGAUGAUGAGGUUGCACAACUCAAGAAAAGUGCAGACACCCUGUGGGACAUCCAGAAGGAACUAAAGGACCUGUGACUUCUGGCUGCUAGGCUGUAGAAACUUAAAACUACAGUGUGAUUAACCACGAGCCUUUAGUUUUCAUCCCUGUACGUGGAGCACAGUCUGCUCUUAUCUUCCUAAGUAUGUGAAUCUGGGCUCCCAGAAUCAAAGCCCAACCUUGGUUUAAUGCUUGCAAGAUGAGUCCUUGAACAAAUAAAAUUAACUAUCGUAGUGUG